ACAACGGUUCAAACUUCAAAGUUAGGUCAUAGUAAAUCUUAUGUCAUCUUUUCUUUUCUUUAUGUCUCGCUAAAACUCCAACAUUGGAACUUUCUGUGAGAAAAUAGACACAUGGUGCGAUUGAUUUUCUUAUUCUACUAAUAAUACGGCCUGUAGUUAGCACGUUUCCUUAGAAAAUGGCAAUCAGGGCUCUCUUGAAUUUAUGGCUGAAGAACAGCUCGAAGAAACAUAGUAAAUGGUAUAAUGUUGCUGAACAUCUUCAUGAUUUUGCUGGCAAGUCGAGAAGAUUUCUUAUCCAUUUCCAAAAGAGAUCAAAGUCGAAAAUAUCAAUAGGCUCCAAAAACUUUGUAACGAAAGGAUUGUAUUUCGACAGAAGAUUAACUUCGGAUGCAUCAAAUUCAAAAAAUAAGUUAUCAGAUUUGAGGCGAUUGUUUGGUUUAGCAAGACCAGAAGCCCUAAGAAUAGCAGGUGCUGUGGUGCUGUUAUUUGUUUCAUCUGGUGUCACAAUGACUGUACCAUUUGCUAUGGGUAAAAUAAUUGACAUAAUUUAUACUGAAAAUGAAAAUGAUACAAUAAUGAAAGAAACAUUGACCAGUUUUUCAAAAAUAUUAUGUGGUGUAUUUCUGGUUGGAGCUGUUGCCAAUGCAUUUCGUGUUUAUCUUAUUUACACAUCAGGUGAGAGAAUAAUUUACAACCUACGAUACAAACUUUUUCAGUCAAUCACCAAUCAAGAAAUUGCAUUUUUUGAUAAGAGAGGAACUGGUGAACUUGUGAAUCGUCUUUCUGGUGAUACAUCUUUAGUAGGGCAUGCCAUAACAUACAAAGUGUCAGAUGGUUUGCGAGCUUUAGUUCAGGGGACAGCUGGCAUGUCAAUGAUGUAUUACACCUCACCAAAACUUGCAUCAGUUGUCAUGGGAAUUGUUCCACCUGUUGCGGUUAUCUCUGUGGUUUAUGGUCGAUAUUUACGUGGAAUAACAAGAAAAGUUCGAGAUUUGCUUGCUAUUUCAACAAAUAUCGCAGAGGAAUCUUUAAGUAAUAUUCGUACUGUUCAAGCAUUUGGUCAAGAGGAAACACAAAUAACAAGGUACCAAAGCAAGAUUGGGGAAGUUUUCAAAUUGACUAAAAAAGAAGCCAUAGCUUCUGGGAUAUUCUGGGGUUUCACAGGUUUAUCGGGUAAUCUAAUUGUGUUACUUGUUCUUUACUUCGGAGGGAAUAUGGUUUCCUUGUCACAAAUAACUGUUGGUGGUUUGACCUCGUUUAUGGUUUACGCUGCCUGGGUUGGCGUCUCUGUUUCAGGCUUAAGCUCAUUUUACUCAGAGCUGAUGAAAGGUGUUGGUGCCAGCUCGCGACUGUGGCAGCUGUUGGAUAGAGAACCAAGAAUAGCUCGUUCAGCUGGUCUAAGUCUAUCAGAUGGCGAUCUUCGCCAAGGAAUUGAAUUUCGAAAUGUUCAUUUUAAGUACUCAACACGUCCAGAUGUACCCAUAUUUUCCUCUCUUAAUUUGUUUGUUCCCGCUCGUCGUGUGACUGCCGUCGUUGGACCCAGCGGAUCUGGAAAAAGUACAAUCACUUCCCUGCUUCUACGGUUCUAUGACGUAGACUCUGGCUCGAUUUUAAUUGGUGAACACGACAUUCGUAGCCUAAAACCGGACUGGUUGCGUGAACAUAUAGGAAUCGUUAGCCAGGAGCCCGUGUUAUUUUCAGGCAGUAUUCGGGAUAAUAUUGCCUUUGCCUGGAGAUCUGAGCAUGGUGAUUUGAAAUUCGAGGAUGUUAUGAAUGCGGCAAAACAGGCAAAUGCACUUCAGUUCAUUCAAAGCUUUCCUCAAGGAUUUGAAACAGUCGUUGGUGAGAAAGGACUGGCUCUAUCAGGUGGACAACGCCAACGGAUUGCAAUUGCUCGAGCAUUGUUGAAGAAUCCAAAAAUAUUAGUGUUGGACGAGGCUACAAGUGCCCUAGAUGCAGAGAGCGAACAUCUUGUUCAAGAAGCAAUGGAUCGUUUAAUGAAAGAUAGAACUGUUAUAACAAUUGCCCAUCGGUUGUCCACAAUAAAAAAUGCUCACAAUAUUGUCGUACUAGAUCGUGGGAAAAUUCUUCAGUCUGGCACUUAUUUUCAGCUCACACAAGACAAAGAUGGUCUCUUUUACAAACUUAUUGAAAAACAAACUCUUUCAAAUUUCACAGAGUGAAUGUAUAAGAUGGUCAGCAAUACGCGAUGUUUUAUGUCUUGAACGACAUUAUUAAAAUAUUUUUAUCGUCAACUCCAUCAUCAAGAUUGAAAAGAGUAUUCUAGGGAUUUUAAUGAGUUAAAUAUUCUAGACAACAUUGAAUUUCAUAAAUAAUUCAUCAUAUUAUUAUCAUUUAGUUGAGUCAUAA